UCUUAUUGGGACUUACUGUCGCGAAAUGCCCAGAGGUAAUCCCAGGCAUGGCGCGAAGGGGUUUAUAAGAGACGUAGCCAGGAGGACUGCCGCUUCCCCCUCACCUCCUCAUACUCUUCAUACUCUUCUCAUUCCUCUGCCAAUGGACAAGAUUAACGACAACCAGCCGCUGGUCACACGCGGAUUCAACUACGACACGCUGACGCGGUACAUUUCCCGCACUGUGCGCUCGCCCCUGGUCAGUUACCUGAUAGUCAAUGCGCUCUCCAACAAGUACCGGAGCGGGUCCAUCGAGGUGCGCAAGAGGCUGGCGGCGGCGGCGGCGCUCUGGGCUGCCACCAACGUCGUGCUUCCUGGCCUGUGCAGCCUGACCGCCAAGAUCUUUGGCAAGCGCGAUAACUCGGUUUACUGGCCCAACGAAAUUGUGGUGGUGACUGGUGGCAGCCACGGAGUGGGUAACGAAUUGACGCUGCGUCUCCUGAAGGCCGGCGCGCAGGUCGUGAUUCUCGACGUGAACCCGUUCGUGCUCGACGACGAGCGGUACAAGAGCAAAUGGCACUACUACCAGCUCGACGUCACCAAUGUCGACCAGACCAAGGAGGUGGCCGAGCAGAUCCGGAACGACGUUGGAUAUCCGACCAUGCUGGUCAACAACGCCGGUAUUGUUGACAAGGUCAUCAAUGUUAACCUGACAUCGCACUUCCAUUUGAUCCGCCAGUUCCUGCCAGGCAUGAUCAAGGCGCAGCGCGGACACAUUGUCACUAUCGGCUCGAUCGUGUCGUUUGCUGGCACCCCGCAGGCCACCACGUACUGCGCGUCCAAGGGCGGCGUCAAGCUGCUGCACGAGUCGCUGCGCCGUGAGGUCGCGUCGCGGUAUGGCGCCAGCAACAUCAAGUUCUCGAUCGCCUACCCGGGUGUCAUCGAUACCGGGCUGUUCAAGGGUCUGAACCUGGGCCAGUUCUUCAUGCCGAACCUGAAGCCGCAUGCGAUUGCGCGCUCGGUGUUCUCCGCGCUGGCAGCAGGCGAGGGCAGGGAUAUUUACCUGCCCAAGGCAGCGGGAAUGCUGCCGCUGAUCUACAUGCUCACGUCGGGCGGAGACACCGCCAUGGCGACAUGGUCUGGCCACACAAAGUACUAACUAUAGACACCUGCACCCUGUAGCUGACGGCACCAGGUUUUGUUUUUGAAGGUCUUUAAAUUACAUUUGUUUGGUACAAGAA